AUGGUUUUAAUGGAUGGUGAUAUAGCAAGAUGUAAAACUCGUGUUGAUGCCAUUAGAUUUGAUGCAAUAUCAUCGUACGGAAUUGGAUGUGGGUUCUCCAUUUCGUUCAUCAGAUGGUGGAAUUUUGCUAUUCAAAGUGGUGGAAAAGUUGUCAUACCACUCCCAACUGGUUGGGAUCCACGUCCACGAUCUGAACAUCCUGUACUAUGGGUUGAUCAAGGUCCAGAACAUUUCUUACAACCAACUGCAAAAGAAUUACAAAACUUUUUUCAAAGUUCAAUACAAUUGACUUGCACAAAUAAGAAUAUUACUGAAGCUUAA